AUGAGCGAUGAAUGUGUACAGCUUAAGCUUCUUAUAAUAGGAGAGAGCAACGUGGGAAAGACCUCUAUAUUGCAAAGAUUUAUUGAGAACAAGUUUGAAAAGUCGUUUUCAACCACGAUAGGAAUUGACUUUAGAUCCAAAACCAUACAAAUAGACGGGCGAGAGGUGGAGCUGCAAAUAUGGGACACCGCAGGGCAGGAGAGGUUCUUCUCCAUAACCAGAAGCUACUACCGAGGCUCGGACGGCAUCUUCUUGACGUUUGACCUGACUUCAGAAAGCUCGUUCGACUCCCUGAGCAAGUGGAUUGGGGAAAUCCGGGACAAGGUGGAGGAGAAAGUACCCAUAUUCCUGCUGGGAAACAAGAAGGACCUGCUCGAUGAAAGCAAGGGAGAAAUCAGCGAGUUGAAGACUGUUUCCAAAAUCCGAGAAAUAUCCGAGCAGCUGAAUGUUUCGUGGUACGGCACAAGCGCAAAGAGCGGCGAGAACAUUGAAGAGAUAUUUAUGGACAUGGCCCGGGCUAUCCUGCAGGGGAAGAGCACUAUUAAGAAGAAAAGCAAGGCAUCAUUCAACGUGUCUAAAUUUAAGAUUAGCAAGGUCUUCUGGUGCUUCAGAUUUAAGUAA